AAACCACUCUUUGUGGCGAUGUAUGUGAUCGUUACGCAACCAUGCAUGCAUUGAGCAGUGGACCAUUUUUAACGAUAAUCAGGCAUCUCCAUGGUGCCCAUUUUCCCAACCCUUUUAGUAUAAAUAGCAAGUGAGAGGACAUUAACUAAGCACCCUACAAUUAAAGCUAUGGCAAUUCCAAGUAACAUUAAUUUGCUUUGUGUGAUAAGUUUAUAUGUCAGUGUCAUCUUUCUAUUUUCAUUGAACUGCAUUAAUAGUGGUGACUAUUACUUCUUCAUCUUCGGAGAUUCAAUAUUUGAUGCUGGAAAUAAUCAAUACGUUUCACCAGAUAGUUAUAUACCUGCUUAUCACCUCCCCUAUGGAAGGACAUAUUUUGCUCUUCAUCCAACAGGGAGAUAUUCUGAUGGCCGUUUGGCUCAUGAUUUUAUCGCAUCGAAGUUGAACUUACCUUUCAUGCCACCAAUUCUAGAGCCUGGAGCAAAUUUCACUCAUGGCGCAAAUUUUGCUUCCGCUGGAGCAGGUGCUACAAUUGCUACUGUCUCAAAUGCGAUAAUCUUUGGAAAACAGGUGCAACUGUUCAAGGAAUUAGCAGCAAACUGGACGAAAGAACUUGGUGCAGAGGAAGCCAAGAGGAGACUGGGAAGGGCGGUUUAUUUGAUCUCAAUUGGUGGCGUCGAUUGCCUCGCACGUUCCAUUUCAAACUCUAACGAUACUAUACCAGAACAACAAGAAUAUGUAGACAAAGUAAUUGAAACCAUCUUCAAGGAUGUGAAAGAAAUAUACAAUCAAGGAGGAAGGAAAUUCGCGUUUCAAAAUGUUGGACCAUUAGGUUGUGUGCCAGAGGCGAAAUGGUUGUUUGAAGUGAGCAGUGAAGCAUGCGCCGGGUUACUAUUAACAAUGACAAUUCUACACAAUAACGCUCUAGUCAAGAAACUUAGAGAAUUAACUAGCGAGAAUUCUUGGCCAGGAUUUUUUUUCUCACUCUUCGAUUACUUCACUGCAGUUGGCAACAGGAUCAAAGAUCCCACAACAUACGGGUUCAAGUAUGGGGACGUGGCAUGCUGUGGAGCUGAAUCUCAUCGUGGAAGUGGGUGCGGAUCAUUAAACCAAACUUAUGAACUGUGCUUUAACCCCAGCGAAUAUGUGCACUUCGAUGGUGGCCAUAACACUGAAGCAGUCUACUCUCAAUUGGCUGAGAUUAUGUGGAGUGGAGGAGCAGAGGUUCUUCGUUUGCCCCUCUCCGAUUUAUUUGACUAUAAAGUUGAAAUCCAAGCCCAAACUGUGAGGACCUCUUUAUGAUUCUGAGUUACAAAUUAUAUAUGCGGAAAUUGCAGCUGAAUAUUUGUGUACGAAAUAAAGCUUAAUCCAGCAGCUGAUAAGUCUGGUUGGUUC